UGAUUUGAAAAAAAAACUCCGAAAAUUGUCUGCUGUCAGUUGACUUCAUGAUCAUAAAUUUUCUAUAGAAUUUCUUCGAUGGCGAAUUUUUAAAAAUUACUAGAAUUUUGUUUUAACAGAAGCCAGUGUCUCAAUUUUCUAUCUAGACCAUUAUUAGUCACUUCCUGGAUAAACCUAGACCAUAUAAACUCAAAUUUUCAUCAUGAGUGUGAAUGUACCUAACAAUUAUGAAUUUUUAAAUUUUUAAAUAAAUAAAAAUUAAAAAAUGCGUAUUUAAAUAAUUUAAAAAUCGCGCGCGCAUUUUUAAAAAUUUAAUUAUUUAAAUUUAUUAAUUUAUUUAUUGUCUGAUGUCUGGUACAUAGUUACUAAUUUUUGAUAACAUUAAAAUUCAAAUACUCGCGGUCUUUCAAAAGAUCAGUUACCGCCUCCUAGACACAAGUAGACGAGUUACGUGUCCUGGUGGUGACGGAGAUAACAUUUGAUGACGUGCGCAUCUGUGUAUUCAAAAGCCCAGGCCAGGCUAUCAUCAGGCUCCUCUCUCUCUCUCCCGAGCUGGUUAUAUAUAUUAUAUAUAAAUAUAUACAGGUAUAUGUUUGUACGUGAUGUAUAGAAAAGUGGAUAAUACUCUGGUGGUAUAUUUCUGUAUGCCUUUGUACUUGCGACUUGGACACAGUUGAACGCGUGAUGGCGCGUGGGUGUGGAGUAGUUGAUGCGUUAUUAUAAUUUGAGGUAAAAAUUAGUUAAUUUAUCUAUGAAAACUAGUUUUAAAUUCUCCGAGUGAAGCUGCUUUGCAAAGUACAUCACCAGUUUGAUAAUAAUAACAGCAAGUAAAGUUACAAAACUACUACUACAUUGUCGGGAUCAUUAAACUUUUUUUUGUCAGCCAGGGGAUGAUAGCAUAAGGAUACUGACGAGCGUCACCUGUGUCACUCAGAUGUAUACAGUUAGAUGAAACACUGAGUUUAUAUGAGAGAAGAUAACGAUAAUUAAACUCGAGCUUCUCCAAGAGUUUGCUCUGAUAAAUAUCCGGCCUCGGAAACAACGGCUACUAUGUAAAACUAAAAAAAAAGUAUAUUUAUAUUGCUGCCACAUCAGCUGCUUAGAUAUAUCAUCAAUACUUGCAUCAACAACAACAUCAACAUCAACUUAAAUCUGGAUCAAGUGCUAAGAGUCGCUGCUGCUGGAAGAGAAAGAGUAAUUAUUUAAAAUUACGUGUAACAAGUUGACUCAUAAACCCUCAUAAAAAAAGGGGCGCACGAUUACUGCGCGUCCGAUCAUUGUACUGUCGACGUAGCAGCACAAACUGGAUUAUUAUUAUUUUUAUUUAUUUUUCACUUGGCUUUAAACUUUUUUAUUUUAUCACUUUAUUUAUUUACAUUAUUUUUAUCGACUCCGGCAAGUGAAACACGAGCGUUUAUUGUUGUGUCAUGCUAAUAUCAGUUUGUUAACGCGCACAAAAAUCAUUUUUUUGUUUCUUUGUUUUUUUUUUUUUUUUUUUUUUUUUUUAUAACAAUUAUCCAUUUACUUUAAAUGCACGUGAGUUGAUACAGCAGUAGGACGUCGCUAAUCAAGAAAUUUAAUGUGAGUGUAUAUUUUUAAAGUACCCAAUUACUUAUCAAUUUUACAUAUAUUAAUUAAUGGAAAUAUGUACAGUGAUUUCUAAAUCAAGUUGCGCCAUUUAAUUACUGGGGAAAUUUCUACAACUAAGAUGAUAAAUUUUUUCCGUGCAAUUAUUUCGAACGCUCAGUAGUCAGAUUUAUGUGAUUUUAUGAAGUAGUUCUGGUUAAUGAACGAUGUCGAGCUGAUAGUAAUUUUAAAAACAAAUAAAGUUGAUGAUAAAAAUAAGAGACGUAUUGCUGGUGAAGAUGGAGCGAAACGGGAGAAAUUGUUGAUUCAAGUAUGGCUACUGUCGACGUGAAGUAUCAGUGUCACGUGGUAGACAGUAGUAACGGAGAAUAUCAAUUACAAUUAGGAGGCAGGUAUUGAUACUAAAAGUUUUAUGUUAAUUUUGCUGAAGAGUUGAUGAUUAUUUGGAGCUGGUGUUUGUACUGGAAGUUGUAGAGUAGACCAGUAGGAAGUGAGUUGAAUGAAAUACGAAUAAGUCAUCAAACUUAGCCGGCUCAGUGCCAACACAUACGAGGAGCUAGACAGCUCAUAAUGUGUUUGCCCUCGUGCACGAUAGAUUAUAAAAUUAGACGUGCUAAACCACGCUCAACGAGAGUUAGAAGAAUACGACGGACAAAAGAAAAGAUUUAUAGUGAAGAGCAAGUAGUUUAUUUGUUAUCAAUACGACAUCUGUAUCGGUGAGGAUUAUUAAUAAUAUUUAUUAUUAAAUAUUUAAAAAUAUCAAUACUCAGAGAAAAGUGAUUUUGUUUUUUAUGAUUUGAGUGAUUUUUACCCUCUAGUCUUUCGCAUUUACACAUUAGAUGAAAAGAAAAAAAACGUGUAUCAGAUUUAGCUCAAAAAAAAGUAAAAUAGUAAACAUCACUCUUGUGAUCUCACGAGCAUGGCAUUAAAGCUUUACACAAUCAUGACGCAAUAGGGUUCAAUUGAUUAAAUGGACAAGUAAAGCUGGAUGGAAUAAAGCGAGAGAACCACAGGGUGACUUUAUAAAAAUAUAAUAAAUAGUAAUAAUAAAUAUAAAUAAAUAAAAAUGAUGAAUCUGAAUAAAGCAGGUGAAUUUAAAUGACUGAGCCUUCUUGCUGAAGAAGACUAAAGAUUUAUAAAUAAUUUGCAUGCAAGUACAAAUGUCUAGCUUAACAAUAUCAGCUAGAACAAUGCCCUUGUCACUACCGACUCCGUUCGUGCCUAUGAGCGCAAUUUCAUCACAAACAUACAUAGGAUCUAAUGAAAAUAAUCAUUUGCCGCCAUUGAAACCGGGUAACUAUGUGCCCAAGCAAGGCGAAUCACCACCGAGUCAUCUGACCCACUCGAGCCACAGUGGUAGCACCCACUUACCUAGUUUAGGAUCAAGCGCCAAUAACAGUUUACAAAAUAUAACGAUUAACUCGGACAGCCUUAAUUUGAGCCUUAGUUCUCACGUCAGUCACAACACGAGUCACAAUUCCCAUUCGCAGCAGUCGAAUAGCAGUCAGUCUAGCAGUCCGAUGAUUAAGAAUGGACGUACUGAGAGUAAUUCAAACAAGUCUACGCUGAAAGCCGCGGUAUCACCAGAGAUUGUCAUGAAGCUUUACAUGAAUAAGCUUACGCAGUAUGAACAGCAUGAAAUAUAUGCGUAUCCGCAGAUUUACUUUAUUGGAGCGAAUGCCAAGAAACGUCCAGCAAUGCUGGGACUUCCCAACAAUCAUAAUUACGACAAUGAACAGGGCUCUUAUAUCCACACGCCCCACGAUCAUGUGGCUUAUAGGUAUGAAGUCCUGAAGGUCAUUGGCAAAGGAUCAUUUGGUCAAGUCGUGAAAGCUUAUGAUCACAAAAAUCAUGAGCACGUUGCUCUGAAAAUGGUGAGAAACGAAAGGCGAUUUCAUCGACAGGCACAAGAGGAAAUUCGGAUUCUUGCUAAUUUAAGAAAACAAGACAAAGACAAUGCUAUGAAUAUUAUUCAUAUGUUCGAUUCAUUUACAUUUAGAAAUCACAUGUGUAUAACAUUUGAAUUACUUAGUAUAAAUCUUUAUGAACUUAUUAAAAAAAAUAAAUUUCAAGGAUUUAGUCUGCAGUUAGUUAGAAAAUUUUCCCAUUCACUGCUACAAUGUUUGGAUGCCCUAUACAAAAAUAAAAUAAUUCAUUGUGACAUGAAGCCAGAGAAUGUGUUGUUGAAACAACAGGGUCGAAGUGGUAUUAAGGUGAUCGACUUUGGUUCGAGUUGCUAUGAGGAUCAGCGAGUGUACACGUACAUUCAAAGUCGGUUUUAUCGAGCGCCCGAGGUAAUACUGGGCGCUAAAUAUGGAAUGCCGAUAGAUAUGUGGAGUUUGGGAUGUAUUCUUGCGGAAUUAUUAACAGGCUAUCCGCUUCUGCCGGGUGAGGAUGAGGCUGAUCAAUUGGCGUGUAUCAUUGAACUCUUGGGAAUGCCACCGAGGCGAUUGUUGGACAGUGCCAAACGUUCUCGUCAGUUUUUUAGCUCAAAAGGCUAUCCGAGAUAUUGCAAAGCGACGACUACUACCCAUGGUACCACAUUGUUACAUGGUGGAGUGUCACGUCGUGGUAAAAUUCGUGGCCCGCCUGGUUCAAAAGAUCUCAAGGAGGCACUCAAGAAUUGUGAGGACCCGCUAUUUUUGGAUUUCAUACGCAAGUGUCUGCAGUGGGAUCCAGAACAACGGAUGACACCCAGCAAAGCACUGAGACACGCAUGGCUAAGAAGACGACUACCACGGCCACCUGAUGACAAGGUCGAUGUCAUUUCGAGCCACUCGGUGCAGCCGACAGCUGCUGCAGUGACAACAUCCGGAAGCCGCAGCUCCAGCAAGACAAACGCCCAUGGAUCAGCAGGAUUGUCCAGCAAGCUGCGCGAGCUUAAUGAUCAGAGAUCCUCGACAAUUCAAUCCCGACAUCCUCAGCAAGCUUCACUUGGCAGCCACCCCGUAGUGUCCUCAGUCGGUAGUGGAAGCGGUGGCGGACACUCAAUAUCGUCCUCCAAUCAUCCUUCAUUGGCGCAAUCAAAUCAUCAGCCUCUCAACGCAGUUUCAGCGCACAAACAUCAACAAUUGCACUCACACAACGGGUCUCACGAGUCCUCGCACGACAGCCACAGUUCUCAUGGAUCUUCUAGUGGGUCAAGUAGAUAUGUCGUUAGCAAAGAGAUAACAUUAGUAGAUCCUUGGCGGUAAAUUAAGACUGUGUGUGUUUAUGUAAAUGUGUCUGUGGAUACGAAGUUAUCUAUAGAGUUAUAUAUAGAUAUAUAUACAUCUUAUAUUCAGCAUAAAAUUAUAAUUAUAAUUAUAAUUACAAUGGUAAUAGUAAUAAUGUGUGUUCGAAAAUUGGGAAUAGAUCUCAAGUGCCGUUAGAUGAUAAAUCUAUGCACUAGCUUUCGGUAUUGAUAUCGAAGUCACGCGGUUGUGGUCAGGAAAUUUCCCAGAGCCCAUUGUUUAAAGUUAUAGAUUAUGAUUACUAUAAUUAUUAUUAUUAUUCUUGGUUGUCUUCUAGGCGCUAGACGUUAAUCAAGUGCCAUUCACUAAUGAAUGGAGCAAGCUUACUAUGUAAAUUCAUUUUUAAUUAUGCUAAAAUAGUGUAUUUUAUUUACACGUCUAAAUUUCAAUGAACAAAAAUAUAAUUUUAAUAAUAACGAUUUAAUAAAGUAACAUCAUUAAGUCAGUAUUUAUAUGUAUGGUUAAUAUAUAUUAUUAAAACUCUUGACAAACGAUUAAAUUACAUUGGGCGCGAAAAUAAAAUAACGGUUUAAAUUUUAAAACAUAAACGAUCUAAAUUAUUUCAAGACUUAGAAAAUUUAGCUUAGACAUUAUUGUUAAAUACAGAAUGUCUUGUGAUAUAAAACUUAGGCGUCUACUGUGGUUUAUAUAUAUAUGUAUAUGUAUAUAUAUAUGUAUAUGUAUAUAUAUAUAUAUGUAUAUAUAUAAGCCGAUUAAGGUAAUUAUUUUAUCGCGCUAUAGAGACUAAGUAAAAUAAAUGAUUAAUGAUAAGAUUUAAAAGUAGUGAUGAAAAAAAAGAAAAAAAAAGAAAACAAAAAAAAAGUUUAGUCGUAUUUAUCAUGUAAUCUAAUGUAAAACUAAAUUGACUACAGUGAUGACCCAGUGUAUUUAAGUAUCGCGCAUUAUCGUGUUAUUUUAUAAUAUUUUUUGUCAAUCUCUCUAAUAAGUACAGUACUAAUAUAUAUUUUUACUUUGUCAGAUUGCUCAGGUGCAAUCAAUAAAACCGAAGAUAACACAUAACAUUAUUAUUAUCAUACGCAUGGUUUUCAUAUAUUUAUAUUUAUAUUUGUACUUUUUUUCGCUUAAUCAUUUACUCGUAUUCAUGUGUAUUUAAAUUAUCAUUAAUUGUGAUGUUUUUUUUUUAACUUUAAUUACUAUCACUCUUCACUGCCAGUCUCAAAAAAUUUAUUUAACAACUUUUUUUUACAAUCCUAGCGAUGUUGAAUUUAUUUUGAGACGAUGCAUUUGUUUUCCAAUAAUUGUGUUUUGUAAAUCGUUUUAAUUUACGACGUAUUAUUAUAAUUAAUGUUAUUUAUAUAAUAUAUGCAUGCUCGUAUAUUAAUUUUAAUUAGUUGAUAUAUCAAAUAUUUUAAUUAAGCUACAUAUCUUUUUACUUUAAUUCAACGGUUUUCAUACCAAAUUAUAGAGAGAACUUACAUUGUUUUUUUUUUUGUGACUACAUAAUUUUAUUGACAAACAAUUACAACUAACAAACAAAAUAUCGUAUAGGCUAGACAAUUAUAUGACUUGUAAUUGUAAUUAAAAAAAAAGUCAUUUACAAAAGUGGGCAGUAAUUGUUAUUAAUGUGAUGUGUAUUCGGUUAUACUAACAAACCUGGUAAAUUUAAUUAAAAUUAUGAAUAUUUGAUUAAAUAUUAAUUGUUUAACAUUUAUGACACUCGUGACAGAUUAGAUCUACAUAGAUCAAAUUUAUUUUAUUUUUGAGAUCUACUUGUCUACGAAGAUUUAAGUAGAUCUACUUAGAUCUACAUAAGCACACUCAUGCAUUAUUAGAUCUAACUCGGUAUAGAUAUAUGUAGAUCUACGCAAGUUGACGUUGAUUUAAUGUAGCUGAUAUAUAUAGAUUUGAUAUAGAUCUAAGUAGAUUUACUUAGAUCUACGUAGAGAAGGUUUUCUGCAUGAUCAGAUCUAUAUUGAUUUAUAUAAAUCUGUAGAGAUCUAUGUAAAUUUAUGUAGAUCUACAUAGAUCUGCAAAUGCAUAAAAAAGUGUCUACGUAGAUCAGGAUUUACUUGGAUCUAGAUAUAUAGACAUAGAUCUCUAAAAUAUAACAAAUAAGAUCUUUGUAGAUCUAAUAUAUUUUUCACGAGUAGACAUAUAUAUAAUUAUUAUUAAAGACUUAUUUAUAUAUAUUUUACUUGAUUAUGUUCUUGCUGAAAAUUUAAAAAGCUUGAAAUAUAGUUAAUUGAUAAAAAAUAUAUAUAUAUAUAUAUAAAUAUUAAAAUAUCAUAAUUGAACUGAAUUAAAGAGACUUUGUCGUGUCUCAUUGUACUAUAUGAGUGAAUGUUUGUAUUAUAAAUUAAUAAUCGAUGCAUUUAGGACCUUCAUGAGUUAAAUAAUAGAAAUCAUUACGUGAUGACUUGAAUCUACCGAAAAAACU